CCUGUACGUAAAAGUAACUAAUUUUUGAAGUUUGAAAACGUGUUCGUUGUCUGCUGUUUCGUGACUCGUGACGCUGUGUUUUAUUUACAUUUGUAUAUCGUACACGUGUGUUGUAAGGAAUAUGCAGUUAAAAAUGUCAAAACCAUUUGACAAGAGUUUUGUCAAGCAAUUACUACAAAAAGAAAACGAAUUUAUUGUACAAAUAUUUUCAAAAACCCCUUUGCCUGUAUCUAAAUUGGUUUCAGACGAACAAGAUAAGUUAGCAACGCAGAAUGUAAAAGCUACGUCAAAAGCUGAAGUUUUCACAAAUUCGAGUACAAAAGCGAAACGAGCGAACACCUUUGAAGAACUACAUGCUAAACUUGAAGGAUUAAAAAAUGUAAAAAGGCUAGGUUAUAAAGGCAAACAGUUAAAGAAAAAUUUGAAAAACAAAAUGAAAAAGAUGUCUAAGAGAGAAGAGCGUUUAUUGCGAAAGAAAUUAAUUAAAAUAGAACAAAAUGCAACAGGUUUAUCUAAAAUUAAAAAAGAAGAUGGGGAAAUGCCAAAAAUUCCGAGACCAAAGCCCAUAUUUAAUUCGGAAGGCAAAAUGGUAUUCAGUAAGUUUGACUUUUCUGAAAUUGGAACUAAAAAGAAACCACCCAAGUCUGAAAAAGAUCCCAAAAAAGUUUUACUUCAGUUGAAACAGAAAAAAGAAAAAUUGAAGAUAAUGGAGCAAUCAGGUGAAAAAGAAAAAGUUGAAGAAAUUAAAGAAAAAGAAGCAUGGAAAUCGGUUUUAGCAAAAGCCAGUGGUAACAAAGUGAAAGACGAUCCUGACUUAUUAAAACGAACGAUAAACAGAAAUGAACAAAAAAAGAAACAUAGCGCUAAGAAAUGGGAGUCUAGGUUAGAAAACGUGCAGAAAGGUAUUCGAGAAAGGCAAGAAAAACGUCAAGAAAAUAUAAUGAAACGAAAAAAAGAUAAGAAAUUAAAUAAAUUAAAAAAAGCUACUAAAAAGGGGCGGGUGAUGCCUGGGUUUUAAAUGUAAUAUAUCAAAUAUUACGGAGUAGAGUCAUUUAUCAUAUAAGACUUGCGUGUAUAUCGUGCAUCGUCUACUCUAUUGCAUUAAAAACAACGAAAGCCGGAUGCCAACGGGAUAAUUAUGAAUUCCGAUUUGUAGCUGUUAAACAUAGAUGAAAUUAUACAAAGUGAUAUUCCAUUGCAUACCCUUCCCUUGAGGAACUUAUUGUGCUUCGUUAUUAAUAUUUUAACACGAUUAAACUGUUAUUCAGUUUACAAAUUCUAAAAGAAACAUCGAUCAUUAUGAACAUUUCAUACCUGAUAUGUAUUUACAGACUACUUUUUACUAUCAAUAUUGCGCAAAUUAGUCGUAAGAUACAUAAAAAUAUGAGUUGUUUUUUCAAAAUAGGAUAGUUGUUUGCAUAUCCAACACGAUGGUUUAUAUGCUUUAUUUAUACAUUUUGAUCUUUAUUUGUA